AGUUUCUACAAUGCUGCUAUUCGGGGGCUAGCUGGCUAGCUAGCAGUGUUGGUUACGUUACGUUGCGUUAGGAGAACGACAAUAGCUGGCUAGCUAACCUAGAAAAUCGCUCUAGACUACACAGUUAUCUUUGAAACAAAGACGGCUAUGUAGCUAGCUAUGUAGCUAGCUACGAUCAAACAAAUCACACCGUUGGGACUGUAAUGAAAUGAAAUGAAAAUGUGAUACUACCUGUGGAGCGAAGCGGAAUGCGACCGGAAUGCGAAAGUUCUAUUCAGUAGACGUUGGCUGGCUGUUGGCUAGCUAGGAGUGUCUCCUACGUUAAGGACGACAAAAUAGCUGGCUAGCUAACCUCGGUAAAUUAAGAUAAUCACUCUAAGACUACACACUCUAAACUACACAAUUAUCUUGGAUACGAAGACAGCAAAGACAACUAUGUAGCUAGCUAAUACUACACUAAUCAAGUCGUUCAGUUGAGUGUGAUAGUUACUACAGUGCUACGGUAGACGGUGAACGUGUUGGGCAGAUAGGAGGACGACGAAAUACGAUAAUUACGCAAUUAUCUUUGAUACAACGACGGCUAUGUAGCUAGCUAAGAAGAAAUUGCUAAGAUUAGACAAAUCAGACCGUUGUACUAUAAUGAAAUGUAAUGAAAUGUAAUGAAAAAGUUAUACAACCUGCAGACCGAAGGAGACCGAAGCGCGGAUGCGACCGGCUCGCUCCAACCCGGAAUGAUGUUUUUUUUUUCUUGUCAGAAAUACAUUUUGGGGAUGGAAAAACCCUUUCAGUGUAAACUUAAAUUACAAAAACCAGAGAAAGUAUGUAGAAAAGAUAAUGGCCCUAUAUAUUAAUAUUUGAGAACUAACAAUCACCAAAAUAAAGGGGGAGAACUGACAAUUCCUAAAUAUUGAUUCAGCAGUAAAGAUUUAUGUUUGAGCAAAAAACCACCGUAUUAGCCAUGGAAAAAUUCAUAGGAAAAUCGCUUUAAAAAUGCUAAAUGUUACCUCCGAUCCAUGGCAGAAUAUUUAGAAUCGCAGGAUAAAAAAAAUAUUAAAAAAUAAAAUAAAAAAUUUCUCUCAGCUGCAUGGUAAAAUGGGGGCCACUAAAAUGUUCUGUGAAAUUCAGCUGUGCCGACCACACCUGUAUUCAUAACCUACCUGUUCCCUGUAUGUACUCUCGGGUGCAGAGCUGGAACAGCUGAACCUGGCAUGAAAGUGAAAAUUAAAAUGACUUCAGAGUUGUUUCAUGAUUGGCCAUAUGGGUGUUAGGCCGGGUGAUUGUAUUCGUAGUGCUAAUCAUAGUUUGUUGGCAGAUCAGAUAAUUGAUUGGCACUGCCACUCUUUAGGCUAUUUACUUUUGCUGAGAGGGCAUGCUGAUUAAGGCGACUGCAGACUAGGUUCUGUUUGCUCCUAGCAGAACCUGGCUAGGCGUAAGCGCACGACUAUGCUCGCAUACUCCUUGCUUGCUAAAAUAGCUAGCUGAACCUUGCUAUCAAAUGCGAAGCGUAUGAUUUUCUUUCUAUAUAUAUAUCUCUUAUAAACUAGUAAUAUCAUCAACCAUGUGUAGUUAACUAGAGAUUAUGAUUGAUUGUUUUUUCUAAGAUAUGUUUAAUGCUAGCUAGCAACUUACCUUGGCUUACUGCAUUCGCGUAACAGGCAUUCCCUCUCCUUGUGGAGUGCAACGAGAGGCAGGUGGUUAGAGCGUUGGACUAGUUAACUGUAAGGUUGCAAGAUUGGAUCCCCUGAGCUGACAAGGUGAAAAUCUGUCAUUCUGCCCCUGAACAAGGCAGUUAACCCACCGUUCCUAGUCCGUCAUUGAAAAUAAGAAUGUGUUCUUAACUGACUUGCCUAGUUAAAUAAAGGUGUAAAAAAAAUAAUUUUAAAUCGGCCAAAUCAGUGUCCAAAAUGACCGAUUUGUUAUAAAAACUUGAAAUCGGCCCCAAUUAAUCGGCCAUUCCGAUUAAUCGGUCGACCUGUAGUACUGACUCUGUUAGUGGAAUGGACUGACCUUUUAGUAUAGAUGCCUGCAAAUCACAUGCUAAUUUCAGUCUCGAUUCCUGGUGUUUCUGUAACAUGCUUGUCUUCAAUGUAAAACAUUCUAUAUUCAGCUGGGCUUGUGUUGGAGAGUCUGGUUCAUUCAGUUCAGCAGAUCCCUGUGUGACAACCAACCACAGUGACCAUUUGGUAGUUGACAACACAGAAUCAUCUCAUUGACCACUGGCACCACACUAUCAGUGUCUGUUUCAGUCUCAUACAUUAAUAUGGAAAGCCCCAUCUUGAAAGAGGGUGAGAUGCAAUGUUGUUGUGUGUGUGUGUAAGUGCAUCCAGUGUUUUGGCCUGUGCCUGUUAGCUGCAGUCUUGUUUUGGCCUGUGUCUGAGGUGUUUUGGUUGUGUUAAUUGGAUUAGAGUAACAUGUUUUCUGGACAGUAUUUAAGGUGUCACCUUUCCAGCCUGGGUUGAAGUGUAAUGUGCUGCUAUUUUGGCCUGUGUUGGAGGCUCUGAUUCGAGGUGAAAUGCUGGAAAUGAGACUAGUGAGGAUUAUGUAACAGUAGUGGCUUGUUUUGGUGCCUGUAGAUCAGGCCUGAGUGAGAUGGGGGUGGGAGCACGGGGGUGAGUGUUGGCCUGAGAGAACCUGAAUAACGCCAGUCAGUUGCCCCCCAUCAGGGAGGCAGCCCUCUGAACUACACCAGAACGCAGGCUGCUGUGGACACUGGUCAUACCAACAAAUGUAUUCUGUAUGUGCAUAUGUAACCGGUGUGAAAUGGCUAGCUAGUUAGCGGGGUGCGCGCUAAUAACGUUUCAAUCGGUGACGUCACUCGCUCUGAGACCUUGACGUAGUUGUUUCCCUUGCUCUGCAAGGACCGUGGUUUUUGUGGAGCGAUGGGUAACGAUGCUUCGGGGGUGUCAGUUGUUGUGUUCAAAGGGUCCCUGGUUCGAGCCCAGGUAGGGGCGAGGAGAGGGACGGAAGGAAAACGGUUACACAUAUAGAUGUGUGUGUGCAAUGUACAUAUGUAGACCUAUUGUACAGAGGACCAUUCUGUAGGACAAGUGUGAUACAUGCUUUAUGAUGAUGUUGUUUUAGCACUGUGUUCUUCUCUCAGGCUGAUGAGCUGUAGAUUUCUCUCACAGAAAGACUCUCGCCUGAGCAUGACCUGUUGCCAUGGCUACAGCUAGCCACUGACAACACCUGAUGCACACAGAGAAAGAUCAUCCUGCAGUGCUCCACAGAUCAACCACAGGCACUGUUGGGCCAGUGCGGAGGCAAUCACACACAGCCACCGACCAUGCAUCUGACCACGAUUGACCACAGUGUCUUCAUAUGUAGUACAUACAGUUGAAGUUGGAAGUUGACAUACAUUUAGGUUGGAGUCAUUAAAACUUGUUUUUCAACUACUCCACAAAUUUCUUGUUAGCAAACUAUAGUCUUAUCUACUUUGUGCAUGACACAAGUAAUUAUUCCAACAAUUGUUUACGGACAGAUUAUUUCACUUAUAACUCACUGUGUCACAAUUCCAGUGGGUCAGAAGUUUACAUACACUAAGUUGACUGUGCCUUUAAACAGCUUGGAAAAUUCCAGAAAAUAAUGCCAUGGCUUUAGAAGCUUCUGAUUGGCUAAUUGACAUAAUUUGAGUCAAUUGGAGGUGGCCUUCCUUCAAACUCAGUGCCUCUUUGCUUGACAUCAUGGUUAAAUCUAAAGAAAUCAACCAAGACUUCAGAAAAACAAUUGUGGAGACAAGUCUGGUUCCUCCUUGGGAGCAAUUUCCAAAUGCCAGAAGGUACCGCGUUCAUCUGUACAAACAAUAGUAAGCAAGUAUAAACACCAUGGGACCACGCAGCCGUCAUACCACUCAGGAAGCUCUGUCUCCUAGAGAUGAACAUACUUUGGUGCGAAAAGUGCAAAUAAAUCCCAGAACAACAGCAAAGGACCUUGUGAAGAUGCUGGAGGAAACGGCUACAAAAGUAUCUAUAUCCACAGUAAAACAUGUCCUAUAUCGACAUAACCCGAAAGGCCGCUCAGCAAGGAAGAAGCCACUGCUCCAAAACCACCAUAAAGCCAGACUACGGUUUGCAACUGCACAUGGGGACAAAGAGCAUACUUUUUGGAGAAAGGUCCUCUGGUCUGAUGAAACAAAAAUAGAACUGUUUGGCCAUAAUGACCAUCGUUGUGUUUGGAGGAAAAAGGGGGAGGCUUGCAAGCUGAAGAACCCAUCCCAACCGUGAAACACGGGGGUGUCAUCAUCAUGUUGUGGGGGUGCUUUGCUGGUGCACUUCCCAAAAUAGCUGGCAUCAUGAGGCAGGAAUAUUAUGUGGAUAUAUUGAAGCAACAUCUCAAGACAUCAGUCAGGAAGUGAAAGCUUGGUCGCAAAUGGGUCUUCCAAAUGGACUAUGACCCCAAGCAUCCUUCCAAAGUUGUGGCAAAAUGGCGUAAGGACAACAAAGUCAAGGUAUUGGAGUGACCAUUAUAAAGCCCUGACCUCAAUCCCAUAGAAAAUCUGUGGGCGGAACUGAAAAAGUGUGUGUGAGCAAGGAGGCCUACAAACCUGACUGUUACACCAGCUCUGUCAGGAGGAAUGGGCCAAAAUUCACCCAACUUAUUGUGGGAAGCUUGUGGAAGGCUACCUGAAACAUUUGACCCAAGUUAAACAAUUUAAAGGCAAUUACACUCAAUUAGUAUUUGGUACAUGUGAACUUCUGACCCACUGGGAAUGUGAUGAAAGAAAUAACAGCUGAAAUAAAUAAAUCCCUCUACUGUUAUUCUGACAUUUCACAUUCUUAAAAUAAAGUGGUGAUCCUAACUGACCUAAGACAGGGAAUUUUUACUAGGAUUAAAUGUCAGGAAUUGUGAAAAACUGAGGUUAAAUGUAUUUGGCUAAGGUGUAUGUAAACAUCCGACUUCAACUAAAUGUAGCUGCAAACAAACACAAUCAACAAUCAAUGCUGAACCACAGUUAGACAUCGCAUCGCUUGUGGAGCACAGAGGAGGCCAAAGAAUAGCCAACCAAGGAGGGGAAAACUAUCGCCUCAAAAGCAAAAUCAGCCUUUACACCACUUUGGGCUAUAUUUGGGCAUUAUGGAAACCCGUAACAAACUCCAUGACCCUUUACCAAUUCCAGUCAGAUGACUUAGUGUGACGCACAAAUAUGAGGGGACUUUUUGUCUCUUUUUGAUCAACUGCUGUGAUGAAUGGCUGUGAAUUUCAGCGCCACAAAUCUGCAGGGGAAAGGCCUCUUUAAUUUAACCAGUCUUAAUCUUUGAUCUGUGGUGCUGUCUGCCUCCCCUACAGUAACAUGCCUGUGACCCUCACCUCAUGCCCGUCAACCCCCCCCCCCCAGCCCCACUACUGAUAACACUGCUUGGAAUGGGUGCCGUGAACGGAGAGGAGUGAAUGCACAGACUAGUGGAGAGUGAAGAAUGUGGUUGAGCAAGCAGAGGAUGGGUCCCACGAGUGCACAGGCAGCGGGGUCGCGCAAAUUAAGCUUGAGUUGCAAGUGUGACUUUAAGUAAGCAGAACAUCAUUGCCGCAUACAAAAUAUUAAUUUGAGAGUAGAGAUUAUUCAUAAUUAUUUUGCGGAGAUACUUAAACAUCUUGCUCUCGCAUCUGCAAUCUUUUACUAUCGUUUUAUUAGAGGUGAAAAUUCUAGCCAAUGAAUAUGGUUGUCACUAGUUAAACACAGCCACAAAGUCAUACUUAUUAUGGCUAAACCCAGCCUAUUUCUACAAUUUAGCUUCUUAAAAUCUGAUUUUAAACUUAACCACACUGCUAACCUUAUGCCUAACCAUAACUUUAAAGUUAAGACCAAAAAGCACAUCUUUGUUUUUCAUGAAUUUUUACUGUACAGUAAAGCUGUGUUAUCUAGUGUAAACCAGAUUUUGACGUUGAAAGGCAAUGUAACCUAACGUAGCAGGCGUAAAAAAAAGAACACCUGAGUGUGGUUCCCACGUACGGGUUUCAGCAGAAAAUGAAGCUAGAUUGUAUUUGCUGUAUCCCUGAAACCGUAUACAUCCAGUUGUUGGCAACUUCUCUCAGACUGAAGGCAAGGUGAUGGUGGUGUAAGGACGAUGGCUGACAAUAAAAAGGUAAGCUCUAUAACCCAACCAGCCAACUAAUCAACUAGGAUUUCAGUAUUUCAAUUGAAGUAGGUAGUUAUUUGGUUUUCUGAUGUUAAAGCAGGCUAUUGAUUAGGCAAGUUAGAUCAGCGCCAGCUAGCUAGGAAGCUAAAGCUAGCUGAUGUUUAACCACAUAUAAAAUGUACCAGUAUCUUUGAUUAACCAAGAGCAUUGUAGCUAGCUAACUAAGUUAACGAGGGGUUGCUAGAGAAGGAGGACUUGGAAGACCAGCCAGACUGUGAGUGAGUGGUGAGAACAGACAGGGAAGGCCCUCCCUAGGGUAGAGGUGAUUGAGAUUGGGUGAGUGGGAGGCAAGAUCAAACUCUGAAAUAAAUAGCCAAUAUUAUAAACCACUAACUGCAUACUUAGAGAGUCUUUGAAAUAUACUUCUGAUAAUUUUUACACUGGCAGUUUUUAACAAUCUCUCUCUUUAUCCCUCUCUCCAUGCAGGCCCACUGUCACUAUGUGGUGGGGAAGUUGUUCUCUGCUUCGCUGACAAAGAUAGGAGGUACAGGAGUCCACUCUAUUCCAAGUACCUUGGCUCUCCACUAUGCACAGCACUCUGGAGGCUUCCUGCAGUUGUUCUCAGGAGACGGGUGAGUGCAGAGAACAUACUGUAUGUCUGACAAAGUGGAGUCGGGCUUCUACUUCAUUGGCCAAGUUUGGAUCUGCGAGUCACCUUUGACCUUGAUCUAACUUUCAUCGAAGACUUGGGGUCAUUGGUGUUCCCUAACUCACCUUGUGACUUGCACAACUCAGCACAUAUGUAUCCCUCCACCUUCCUCAGUGGAGUCCCGGCCAGGGGUAUCAAACUCCAAUGUCCGUGUACAUGUUUUGUUGGCGUAGUUACCGGACCAGUGAGAAGAGGCGUUGAUGAUAGUGAUGCGUCCCAGUGUGGUCUCCACAAACAGCCGCUGUGCCAACACCAUGCCUGAUGACGACAACCAGAUGAUAUUUGGUGCUCCCCGGACCAGGGUUUUCGAGGCAGGGAUGGACUACUGUUAGUCUGAGCUUGCCCCGCAGUCCCCAUACACACACAUUAACUCGAUUGUGCUGAUGCCCUACUGUAAGAACCUGGAGAUCUUCACUGGUUCUGGGGUAGAUGACCUGACCACCAACAGUUCCUGGGACACGUUCCAGCGUUACCGCUGUCUGGAGAACAUCCCGAGCGUGGUCAACAGACAUCUGCUGCAACUUCAUAUCUAGCGUGACAGUUCUGCUGCACCAGGGAGCUAAAGGUGUCCUGAAGCUCAGAAUGAGUGCUGUAGGGGAAAGUGCCCUGGAACCUGCCACGCCAGAGUCCCGCAAGAGAAAGGGCUCACCAUGCGACACCUCAGAGCAGAGUGUGGAGAAGCGUCGGCGGGAGCUGGAGUGUCGUUACAUAGACGAGCUGGCCGAGCUCCUGUCUGCCAACAUGGGCGACAUGGCCAGCCUCAACGUCCAGCCAGACAAGUGCCACAUCCUCAAGAGCACCGUGGACCAGAUCCAGCAGAUCAAACGGCGCGAGCAGGAGAAAGCGGCUUUGGUGUCACCGGAAGACGAGGUGCAGAAGAGUGACAUCUCGUCCAGUAGUCAGGGCAUGGUGGAGAAAGAGGCUCUGGGGCCGCUGCUGCUCGAGGCUCUGGACGGCUUCUUUUUUGUGGUGAACCGCGAGGGCCGGAUGGUGUUUGUGUCGGAGAAUGUGACGGGUUACCUAGGCUACACCCAGGAAGAGCUGAUUACCUCCAGUGUCUACAGCAUCCUCCAUGUGGGAGACCACGGCGAGUUUGUCCGCAACUUGCUGCCCAAGAGCCUCGUGAACGGGGUGCCGUGGCCCCAGGAGCAGGGUCGGAGGAACAGUAACACAUUUAACUGCCGGAUGCUAAAGAGGCCUCCUGAUGAGGUGGACUCAGAGAACCAGGAAGCACGACAGCAGUACGACAUCAUGCAGUGUUUUACUGUCUCCCAGCCCAAAGCCAUGCAGGAGGAAGGAGAUGACCUGCAGAGCUGCCUGAUCUGCAUAGCCUGCCCGAUGCCCCGCCCGCAGCAGCUACCCGCCAUCCGCACUGAGUCCUUUAUCACCAAACAGGACCCCACAGGGAAGAUCAUCUCCAUAGAGACCAGUGCUCUGCGGGCGACGGGGCGACCGGGCUGGGAGGACCUGGUCAGGAAGUGUAUCUACGCCUUCUUCCAGCCGCAAGGCAAAGAACCCUCCCACGCCAAGAAGCUGCUCCACGAGGUGAUGACCCAUGGCACGGCCAUCAGUCCUCUUUACCGGUUCAACAUGAGCGAUGGGACCCCCCUCAGCGCUCAGACCCGCUGCAAGUUCUGCUGCCCCCCUAACCAUGACGUUCAGCCCUUCAUCAUGGGCAUUCACACUAUCGACAGGGAACACAACACUGCUAGCUCUCAGGAAAACACUAACUCCAGCCUUCUACUGACCCAUAGGAGCCCUGCUCCCUCCCACUCCCCUUCCCUCCCCCCGGGCAGCGAGGCCAGCCAAGCCCCAGGCCCCACCUCGGGCCUCCAUCUCAACAACGGCAAAAGCUCCAGCACCACCUCCCCCACCACACCCACCAGCCAUUCAGCAGGGUACCUGACGCCCACCCGGAUGUGUCCUCAGCAGGUCAACAGCCCCUCGCCCCUGGGAAGCCCCAUCACUGCCACCCCUACCUCAUUUAUGUCGCCCAGACCCCCCAGGGCUAGUCCGGGGCUGGGCGGCAGCCCGCGUGUCCCAGGGAACCCCUUCUCCCCUUCCACCCCUGGCCUGCACUCUCCGGCACCGUCCCUGGGAGGUGGAGCUGGUGGCGGUGGAAGUGGAAUCCUCAGCCGGCACCACUCUGGUGGGGACAGUGGAGCAGGGACCCCCCUGGGUUUCUCUCUGCCCUCCCCUUUACCUCAGAGGCAGGCCAGCACCCCCACCAGCUCCCCAGCACGCCCUCCCCCCGCCAAGCCCCCCGAGGGAGGAGGAGGACGUGGGGGCGGAGAGGACCUGGCUAAAGGAAAAUUAGGGGGGAACUCCAAACUCAACCAGCCCCUGGACAAAGGUGGCGUGGGGGCGCCUAAGGACCCCAGAAACACAUCUACCAAACCCACCUCCACCCCUCAGUGCCCGGCCUCCCACAGCACGCUGACGGAGCGCCACAAGAUCCUCCACCGCCUCCUGCAGGACAGCAGCCCGGCUGAGGGCAGCAACGGCAAGGAGUCUGAAAUCAAGAAGGAGCCUCCUGCCAGCCCUGUCACCGCCAACCCCAACGGACCCCCCAGCACCCCUCAGGACCACCAGCUGCUGCGCUUCCUCCUGGACACGGAUGAGAAGGACCUGGGCGACCUACCCCCUCCGGCCGCUCUCAGCCUGCAGACAGUCCGGGUCAAGACUGAGAAGAGGGCCAGCGGGGACACUACGCCCUGCGCUGCAGCCUGUGCCAGCCCCAAGCCCAAACCGAGCCCUGCAGACAGCAGGCCGUCCAGAGACCCGUUCCCCAGUGGAUCUGCUGACCUGGACCCUCUCAGCCAGCUGCUGCCCACCCUCAGGGGCCCUGCAGGGGCCAAGCAGGGCAGCGAGGAGCAGACCCAAGCCCUGUCGUCCCAUAGCCAAACCCAACCUCAACCACGGCUCCAUUCACCUCCACAGCCUCAGACACAGCCUUGGCUCCAAUCACCUCUUCAAACCAAACCUCAGAACCAUCUCCAGCUUCAGUCCCCUACCCAGCUUCAGUCCCCUACCCAGCUUCCGUCACCCACCCAGCUUCCGUCACCCACCCAGCUUCCGUCCCCUACUCAGCUUCCGUCCCCUACUCAGCUUCCGUCCCCUACUCAGCUUCAGUCCCCUACCCAGCUUCAGUCCCCUACCCAGCUUCAGUCCCCUACCCAGCUUCAGUCCCCUACCCAGCUUCAGUCCCCUACCCAGCUUCAGUCCCCUACCUUAGUCCAGCCCAGUGGGGCCAACAUUGUCAAGGCCGUGACCGUGAAGAGGGAGCCUCCUGGAAGACCAAGCCGAGGGCUCACUGAUGGCUCCAGCCUGCAGAACCAGUCACACUUUGACUUCUGCAGCCCCAGCCAGAGACCGGGACAAGGGGAACUCUUCCAGACACCCAAAGGCAGCAGCCCCUUUAAAGAGCCUGGACUAAUGAACUCAUUCAACUCCAACACCGCGUUGUCUAAGAUAGAGACAGACUCUCAGCAGUUCCAGACCCUGGCCCUGACUGAGACUCUGUCCUUUGAUGGAGGCGUGGGAAACCCUGUGCAAGCCUCUCUGGCGUCCCCUCAGGAGCAGUGUGUCCCAUGCCCACUGGAUGAGCUGCUGUGCCCCCCCACCACCCCCGAGGGACGUAACGACGAGAAGGCCCUCCUGGACCAGCUGGUGUCCUUCCUGAGUGGCACAGAUGAGAGCGAGUUGGCUGAGCUGGACCGAGCCCUGGGCAUCGACAAGCUGGUGAAGGGCGGCUGCUUCGACCCCGUCCCUCAACGGUUCCCCUCCCAGCCUCCUGCCACCACCCCCAUCUCCAUGGACCCCAAGCUGCCCGGCUACCCCUCUCAGUUCAACCCUGGCCCCCCUGCCCAGUUCCCUCCAGAGAUAGCAGGGGUGCAGAGUAUGGGGGGCUUCGGUGCACCCAGGGGGGCCUUCCCUGGGGGCAUAAUGCUGAGGCCUGGCAUGGGCAGAGCUCCUGGCAUGACCAACCAGCUCCGGCUGCCUCCCAACCAGCUGAGGUUACAGCUGCAACAGAGGCUGCAGGGCCCACAGCAGCUGCAGAACAGGCUGGCUGCCAUGAGCCCGUUCCCAGGGGAAGCUCACGUUGCCAUGGGGAUGCGUCAGGGAGGGCAGCAGCCUCAGAUGCCCUCUCAGCCUCCUCUGAACGCCCAGAUGCUGGCCCAGAGGCAGCGGGAGCUCUACAGCUUCCAGCACCGCCAGAGACAACUCCUGCAGCAGAAGGUCAUGUUGAUGAGGCAGGGCAUGGGGGGUGGUGGGCCUAUGGGAGCCACCAGGGAACAAAAAGGACCCCAGCCACAGCAACAACAGUUUGGCUACCCUCCAGGCUACAGCCCCAUUCCAGGGAACCCACCCAGCUCCCCCAGCCUAUUCAAUCCCAUGGGAGGGACCCAGGACCCUAAGUUGUCGGGCCAGGGCCCUAUGGGCAGCCAGGCAACUAUGAUGGGGGGGAUGCAGGGACAGUUUGGGGGGGCGGUGAACUCGGCGGUGCAGCCUGUGCUCUUCCAGCAGUUUGGAGGACCAGGUAUGGUCCAGCAAGGAGACCCCUCGUUCCCUCCAGAGCUCAGCCCCACCAGUCCCCUGCUGUCCCCUCAGAACUCCACCACCCAGAGUGCUCUGCUCCAGCAGGCCCAGCCUCCUCCUGGGUACCAGUCACCUGACAUGAAGAGUUGGCAGCAAGCUGGCAUGGGCGGAAACAGCUUGUUCAGCCAGUCUGGUCAGACGACGCCCCAGGCCUUUGGGCAACAGGGGGUCUACAACAACAUGAGUAUCACCGUGUCAAUGGCAGGAGGCUCAGGGGCGGUGGGCUCGCUACCUUCCAUUGGACCACCUGUUGGCAUGGGCAACAGUAACCUUGGUGACAUCAACUCCAUGUGUAACGAUCAGGUACAGCAGGUUCAAGUGUUUGCCGACGUCCAGUGUACGGUGAACCUGGUGGGCAGCGACUCCUACCUGAACCAGUCGGGGUCCAUAGGCACCCAGAAGGGCCCCCAGGGGCCUCAGAGCAGCCAGUCCCAGCAGAAGAGCCUCCUCCAGCAGCUCCUCACAGAGUGACUCCUCAGCUCAGCCGCCUGCCAGGAGAGAGGUGCUCCACAGACCACCGACCUCUUCUCUUUCUCACCUUUGGUUUUAGACACCUGCCUGCCGGACUGGUUAGGAGGGCCCUGGGAUGGAGACUGAGGUCCAGGUAAGAGUGUGUCUGACCUGCCAGCCUGCCAGCCAGCCUCAGCCCAUACCGUACCAUAAGGCAGCAGCUAUUGUUCAGCGCUCAUUCCUGGUUACCUACUUUCAACACAAAGUCUGCUUUCUGUUCUGAGAAAGGAAUCAGCUUCCGGUUUUGCCAAGUCGUUGUGGUUGUCAAAAGAGGAUCUGGUUCCUAAUUGCCCGUUCCGUCAGGUCCAUCGCAGCAGUGCGUCUUGGGAAUGCGAUCAACAUGCAGCUGAGCUCAGCUGUGGGUGGUUAACCCGUCGUCUCAACUUUUGCUCUAGCGUGGGGUGGCGUUGUGGGGACAACGUUUUGGGAAUGUUAGGUUUUUAAACCUCUGCAGUGGGAAGCUCAGUUUCAGCUGGAUCUGUGACUGACUAGCUCUCUCCAUUGCAGUGCCUAAUGGGAGGAAAUUCCCAGCUCUCGUUUUUUGUUUUUGUUUCUCUGUUCUCGUCGUCUGCGUCGUCAGGACAACAAGCAGCCGGGAUGUGAUGGGAUGGGAGAUUGGGUUGCUCUGCUCAGUUGGCAACACCAUCUUUCACAUUUUCAAACCACCAGACUGUCAAAGUAACUGUCUGUCUUACACAUUUUUCUCCCCAGCAGCUGUGAAUAUGAGCCAUGUUGGGCUCUCCUUGGCCUAUCAGUAUUGUUUGUCAUGUGUAACCGUGCAGGUGGGUAGUAUUGUACAGCACAGAUGGACAAAAAAUUGGGAUGAGUUCACACUUUCUACUUUCCUUUCAAAAGCGUCAUUUAAUUACUCUAAAAUGCAACUGUCGUUUUUAGCUCAAACUAUACAUUGUGAUUCAAUGCGGUUUUCUUCCGUUUUUUUAUUUGAGAGUAACAUGUCAGUUAUUAUAAUUUUUUAAGGCGAUAUUUGGCAUUAUGAAAAUGUAACUGCUAAAUGUGCUCUGUGUUCUGUAAUGUGAAAAAAGAAAAUCUCGGUAUAAGACUUUGAUUGAUUUUAGAAAUGGCUAGCUCUGCUCUUUUGGCAUCCCUUUGAAUGUUUUAAAUCCCCUAAAAUGUACCUCAAAACGAACAAGAAUGGGUUCUCAAUAUUACACAAUGACAUGAAUAGGUUGUAACUCGUAACCGUAGAACUUCCUCACUCAGAAGUGAUGGAAGUUGAAUGGGGUGUUUUCUUGGAAACACAGUGCUCUCUCUCCUCCAACUCUCUGCCCGUGAUGAUGUUAUUCCACUGGCCACACACUACAGCUCUUUUUUGACUGCUCAUGUGACUACUGUUGCCCAGUCAGACACUGUCUAUCAGCGCUAACCUCUGAUAUUUUACUAUACACAUUCAGUCACAUAGAAAGUCUGGCCAAAAAACACCAUGUUUUAUUUAUGUGGGUAAACAAUAACCUAUUAACAAGCAAUAAACCCGAAAAUGACGAGAAAGCAACAACAGAAAGAGCAAAGUUCGGCGACGUAAUGAUAAUGAAAAAUCAAGUCUAAUUUGGCUUUUGGCUUCUCUGCUCUAUCCCGGGUAUGUGUAUUUCUCUGCUCUACCCCGGGUAUGUGUAUUUCUCUGCUCUAUCCCGGGUAUGUGUAUUUCUCUGCUCUAUCCCGGGUAUGUGUAUUUCUCUGCUCUAUCCCGGGUAUGUGUAUUUCUCUGCUCUAUCCCGGGUAUGUGUAUUUCUCUGCUCUAUCCCGGGUAUGUGUAUUUCUCUGCUCUACCCAGGGUAUGUGUAUUUCUCUGCUCUACCCCGGGUAUGUGUAUUUCUCUGCUCUACCCCGGGUAUGUGUAUUUCUCUGCUCUACCCCGGGUAUGUGUAUUUCUCUAUCCCGGGUAUGUGUAUUUCUCUGCUCUAUCCCGGGUAUGUGUAUUUCUCUGCUCUAUCCCGGGUAUGUGUAUUUCUCUGCUCUAUCCCGGGUAUGUGUAUUUCUCUACUCUAUCCCGGGUAUGUGUAUUUCUCUGCUCUAUCCCGGGUAUGUGUAUUUCUCUGCUCUAUCCCGGGUAUGUGUAUUUCUCUGCUCUAUCCCGGGUAUGUGUAUUUCUCUACUCUAUCCCGGGUAUGUGUAUUUCUCUACUCUAUCCCGGGUAUGUGUAUUUCUCUGCUCUAUCCCGGGUAUGUGUAUUUCUCUGCUCUAUCCCGGGUAUGUGUAUUUCUGACUAACAGAAGGCUUUCUUAAGGGUGUUAUGGUCCAACUAGAUAUCUGACUGUGUAUAUACAAGGUAUUUUACAAAGUGUGCAACAUUACCCGAGCACAGCUAAUAACCGAGGAGGGUUAGGGAUGAUCAGUUGAAAUAGCAUGCAUGAUCACCAUCCUCCUCCGGAGACCUCAAAUUGAAUGCCAACUACUUUAAUGUGCUAUGAUUUCUGAAUCACGUUGUGUACCGUUUCAAUGGCGUUUGUGUGCCUGUGCUUUAUACCCAAACAGUGGCUCAGGUGUCCUCAGCAUACAACUCAAAUUCAACCUGAAAAUGGCAUAAUUUCGUGUGGUGUUGAUUCAAGUUGACAUGAAAAGCUGGUAGCAGUUCCACUUCGGAAACUCAUUUGUGAAACUGAUACACUGUGAUUGGACAUACCACUUGUUCCUGUCAUUCUAAGACACUUAAAAUGUUGCUUUGCUUUUAGCCUAUUGCAUUUAAUUCAAAACAAUAUAUAUACGAUUAAUAGAUGAGAUAUUUAAGUGUAUCUUUCUUCUGAUAAGGUAAAUGUUUUAUUUUCUAUUUGAAAGGGAUGUGGGUUAACAAUUAGUACUUAUCAAUGUUAAAGCCAUUCCUGAGCCACUGUUUGGUUUAUGUAAAUAAACAUACACUUUACAAAACACACGGAAGCAAGACAAAAUUAACCGAAUGUAUGUGGAAGGAUUCCAUUUGUUUUCAGUAUACAUUUGUACUAUAUAGGGUACCAGCUAACGGUUUCAUACUCCCAGAAGUGUUACAAAGAAAACUUUUCCUGGAUAUCUUCUUCACGUACCCUCCUCAUUUAGGAACAGGCAUUACUGUCUAGAAAGUGUUAAUAGAACUACGUCAAAUGCAGAAGUUCAUCUGAUCUGUUAAUAUGAACUGUUUAGCAUUUGGGAUAUAAUAUGCCAAAUUCAAAGCACCAUUCGACAACGGUCAUUAACUAACAGACAUUCGUAUAUGCAAGAGCCGCUCAAUGGCAAAGACAGUCCAUUCAGUACAGGUACAAGGUAAAUAUUUGAACUGGUUCUUCAACAUGUAUAUAACAGACAAUGUGAAUAUGUAUUUGUUCAGAAUCGACAAAAUGUAGUGCUCCAAGUUUGUGGUAUUAACUACUUGCUUCCAUUUGAUUAUUAUUUGUAUUAUUUUAUUUUUUACGUAUAUGACUGUCUGAGUGUGUGUAUGUAUGUGAUUAAUACUGUAUGUACUGGUGUUUAAGAUGGAAACUGAAUAUGUCAGGAUUUGAUUUCUUCUUCUUUUUAUAGAUACCUGCAAGUUUUCCUGUGGGUGUUGUUCUGAUUGCUCUUUAUGUGAGAGAAUGGGUUAGCGACUGCUGAAUGUGAUUUUACUGAGAGAGAAGCAGUGUGGACUGGCUUUUGUACGGGUUAAUUUAAAAACAAACAAAAACACACACACAAAAAAAGGCCAUAUUAUUUAAUUUCUCUGAUGUUAAAACAUUUAAACAGAUCUGAGAAAGUGGAACCUUGUAUUCUGAGAAGCAUCGCUUCGGUAGUUAAGUGGGCUUUUGUAGAUCGCCUGAUAUACUUUUAGCGUUUUCAAAAAGUAAUGACCAAAGCUUCAAGAUGUUUAAUUCAUAUCAUAUGCAAGCCUCAUGCAAUUGGACGAGACAAAAUGUAGCGUUUGUUCACUUUUCUAAAAGGAAAUAGUCUAUACAUACUAGCUCCUCCUUGACCACACUACUAAUUUGUGGUAGUUUGUGCUUUGCAUGUUUGUCCUUUAUUUCCUUUUCCACACAAUUUGUCCUAAGACACUGACAAGUGACCUAUCAGAUUUAGUAUUUUUAUCUAACUUCUAUUCUUUGGAAUAUCCCAAAGUAUGAUCAGUUAGAAACUUCCUCUCCUUGUUGCCGUUGACUCCUGGCAAAGACGCAAAAAGACUUGUAGGGCCUGACAUGCGGUCACUGUUUACAGGAAGAGAGAAACUUGCAACAGCUAGCUAUGCACCUUAACAAAAAGCUUUUUUUUAACACUGAUUUAGGUAUUCAAAGCAAACUAGAAUUUGAAUCAAUGAUUUAAAUCAAGGUAUUUUAGUUUAUUGAAAGAAGAAGAAGUGAAACCUAGUGAACCAAUUAUUAUUUAAUUUUUUACUCAACUAGCAUUGGUGAUAGUUGUCUGAACAUGUAGGUCUGCUCUAUCAACUGAAUCUCACAGAUUAAGAUUAUUCAAUCAAAUAUUUCAAUUUAUUUAGCUGAAUACUUUAUACCAAAUUUGAGGUGCUUCUUGUAUAUACAGUAUUUUCUGCAUAGAGGACUGCUCCUCGCUGUUUGAUGAUAAUGUUAAUGAGGAUUUUCUUAUCUUUACCUUUAUAAAAGUUUGCUGCAUUUUACAUUACUUUUGUACAAGAAAUCUAAAUAUUCCAGGAAUUUGCAAGAAAUACAAUCUACUUUUGCACUUUAUCUCAGAAUUAUUUAGAGGAAACAGGCCAUCAUAAAUACUACUCAUGUUCACAUUAGAAUACUAUUUAAUCAUCAUAAAUCCCCUAAAUCACAGGAGGUUGGUGGCACCUUCAUUGGGGAGGAGGGGCUCAUGGUAAUGGCCAAAGCGGAAUAGGUGUAAUAGUAUCAAAUACAUCGAACACGUGGUUUUCAUAUGUUUGAAGCCAUUCCUUUUGCUCCGUUCCAGACAUUAUUAUGAGCUCUCCUCCCCUCAGCAGCCUCCUGUGCCCUAAAUAUAAUAGAAAGUAAAAUAUAGAUUUCUCAGGUUCUUAAGAACUUGGUUGCAGAGCCCAUCAAUAUGAUUACAAAAGAGAAGUGUACAUUCUCUACUACUACUCUUAGUAGUUUCACAUAUGAUCCUUCUCUCUGCCACAGAGCCUCAAUCUAAACUAUGCCUUUCUUCUUCAGGUGAUCCACUGCCCCUCUCCCCUUGGCCAUUAGUUAACUAACGCGCUUACACUCAUACGUCCUGUCCUGUGUAACCGAUGUGAAAUGGCUAGCUAGUUAGCGGUGGUGCGCGCUAAUAGCGUUUCAAUCGGGUGACGUCACUCGCUCUGAGACCUUGAAGUAGUGUAGUUGGGCGCGAUGGGUUACGAUGCUUCGAGGGUGACUGUUGUCUGUGUGCAGAGGGUCCCUGGUUCGAGCCCAGGUAGGGGCGAGGAGAGGGACGGAAGCUAUACUGCUACAGCAGCUUUAACUGUUCAAAACAUUCCUCCUCAACUCUGCUCUUAGCUACCAGCAAUCAUUGUGCUCUGGUCUAUACUGUAGCAUUUUACAUUUGAGUCAUUCAGCAUAUGCUCUAAUCCAGAGUGAAUUACAGUAAGUAGUGAGUUAAUACAUUUUCCUGUACUGGUCCCCUGUGGGAAUCGAACCCCGUUGCAGGCGCCAUGCUCUACCAACUGAGCCCCACGGGACCAGCAGCAGUUCUAUUCUAUAUAUUUCUAGGCUUAGUAAUUCCUACCAAGCACUAACAGCCCUACAUACGUGUACUGCUGUCCCCUUGCGUCUGUUAUUUUGUCAUUGUCACCACCUUGUAACAUACUGCCUAAUGCAGAAGCAACUAUCAUCCUUGUUAAGAUUAAUGCACUCUACCUUCUACAGGUAUUACUUCGCAACUGUUUGCUGAUGAUGUUUGUCAAGUAUUGUAAGUGCUGCAUAAUCUAGACUGAAGUUGGUUGUGGAUGGAGAAAUCAAAAGCUUGUCUCGCCACUUAUAAGGCCAAUGCUUUCUCAUUGAAACGAGGUUCCACUUUUCCCCCUGUAAAAUUAAUAUAAAUAAAUAUAAAUAUAUAUAUUAUACAUUUUACUCAUUUUGUCCAGUUUUGUUUAUUAUACUUGUGUAAACUUGUUUUUAGACAGGCAUCAGAGCAGCUGUGUGGGUGGGACAAUAUGAAUGAAGUAUCUGGGAGAAUUAUGCAUGUUUUUAUUUCUGUGUCCAGGUGGAAUACCUGGGAUAAAUCCUACCUUUUCUUAGGACGUCGUAGACAAUCAGUCUCAGGCUGGGUCAAGUAGCUACAGGGGGUUCCUGUAGACUGAAAAGCAACGUUUUUGCAUCUACUGAAACAGUCUUAUUUGUCUGUCCAUUUUUUGGGAGGUAUCUGGCUGCUCAGACUGGGAUUAGUUCAAAGUUUACACACACACACACACAACACACACACCUCGUGCGUUCGGUCCCUCUAUUGCUUUUCCAAGGUGAAGAUGCAGACCUUGAAGGAAAUGAUGCUUUGACUAACAAAUCUAUAACAUCCAUGAAUGUGAGAAUGCAACACAUUUGCAAUAAAAACACCAAUUAAAAUGGGA